AUGGACAAUAACUUCUGUAAGAUAUGCUCGCAUCAAAUUGGCAAUGUGUCGGCACUGGGCGCAUUAAUACCCGUACCGACAGUGAUGCCAUUGUCGUCAGAUCGCCAGAACGAUGCGGCGUUGGCUGCAAUCCAUUGA